UUUUUCCAAAUACACAUGAAUUAGUUAUGUUUUACUUUUUUUUCAGCUUUUAAAUCCUGAAUGAACGCAUCAACACUAUUCGCUAUCAUAAUCGCAACGAAGCAUCCUAUCAUUAUGAAUAUAUAUUGAACGGAAAAAUAAAGUACGAAGAUUCUACUAAAAAAUAAAUAAAUAUAUAUAUAUAUAUAUAUAUAUAUGGAAUAAUCGUAAGGAUUUUGGAAAACGUUGGAGCAUGCAGAGCAAUCGUGAAUUUGACCGAAACAGGCAAAUAAGCGACUUUUGUUUAAUUUUUUCAAAUUUUUAUCUAACAAAGUGAAAUAGCAAAGGAAAAUGCAAACAACAUGAUAUGCAAUCGGGAAACUUCAUCCACCACAAUAGCUACUGAAAUUAUAAUGCCAAUAGAAAAAGCAGUAACCCAAGUAGAAGCUACUGCAACGAUAGCAACGGUAACAAAAGUUACGCCUACAAACGGAAGAUCAUCAUCAUCCUCGUCAUUGCUGCCAGUAAGUUUGCAAUCAACAUUGAAUGACUCCGCAAACUUGGGAAACUCGUCAGUACAUAAAGUCAUCGUAGCGACAGGGGGUAUUCUGUCAAAUUCGACACGGACGUGCUUAUUAACAAAUCCAAGUCCCAAAAUAUUAAAGAAGAAUACCAACAACGGCGGCAGCAACAACGAUGCUAGUGGCUGCAUUAGCAGCGAAUGUAGUUAUGGUAAGACUCGGAUCAAAAACAUCAUUGUCACAGACAUCAGGCAUCAUCAUCAUCAAACCAGCCACAUGUUUUCAAAUCAUCCAAAUUGCACCAAUGUUUUACAAAAACAACAAGAACAAAAGCAACAACAUCAAAGACAUCAACAAUGUAGUCAUUUACAAAAACAUAAAGCAAAACAAUUUAUACAGCUACUCACAUGCUUGGUGACUGUCAUCAGAGUCAUUUCACUACCCGAAUUUAGUGCAGCACAGCCGCAGCAACAGCAACAACAGCAUGCGCAACAGCAGCAGCAGCAACAGCAGCAGCAGCAUAGCCGGCAGCUGGUGUCAAUGAACCCAGAAACAGCAGCAUUUCUAUCAAACAACAUUACAAAUUUCCUGGCAACUACAACUAAAACAGCAACAAGAAGAACAAUAACAAUACCAUUUAAUGCUAAUGCAAAAGCAAUAGCAACAACAAACCAAGUUACUACAUUCUUCUCAAACUCGACAUACACCACCAACGCCAACGCCACCACCACCACCACCAGCACCACCACCAACGCCAGUAAGAGCACCGAAAACAAUCGCAAUAACUCAACGUCUAGGCAUAACAUUAAUUCCUACACAUAUGUUGAUGAUGAACGUAAUGCGGAUGAUGAUAAUGAUAAGACCAAACUAGCGCAAGUGUUAUCAACAACAAGAACAAAAACAACAACAACAACAACGACAACAUCAUCAUCUCUAUCGUACGCAUUAGUGGAGAAUACCUCGGCUUCUUCUAUUGUGAAAUCAACCGACUUUGUAAUGUCAAAUGAAACUUUUCAUUUCACUCCAUCCCUUAUUAGGUAUCAAGCUGAUGGAAAUAUUUUUUUGCGUUUUCCGCGUUCCCUGACCAGCGGGAAAAGUAGUGCGGCCACAGGUUCUGAUGACACUGGUCUAAAAAUGUUCGGUGUCAGCGGUAGUUCAAGCAUUACAAAUAUGUUUAAUCCCCAAACUGCUACUGGUUUUAAUGGCAAUAGCAUCAUCGAAUGUCCCAGUUUUGACGAAAGUUCAGCGUGUCCAUGCUAUAAAUUUGAAGACGGAUUAUUUUUGGAAUGCCCUGGCACUACAGCAAUAUCAUUACGUUCCACACUGGAGCGUAUAUCAUCGCCAAUACAUUCGCUAUCAAUAUACGACUUUGAUCGUUCGGUCACGUCGCUUUCACAGGAUGUCUUUCAGCCGGGUGUUAAUAUAAGACAUUUACAAUUUUCGCAUUCACAUUUGGAAACUCUAAAGGAUAAUAGUCUCAAGAAUGUACGUGCGUCUCUUGAAUCGCUGAGUAUAGUUAAUGGUAAAUUAACACAGCUGCCGUCGCGGGCCCUUAACUCGAUGCAAAAACUUAAUGGUCUAGACUUUGAUUACAACGAAAUUUCCUUAAUUGAAGACUACAGCUUUUAUGGCUUGAGAUUGUCUAAAUUGAAUAUGAAAGGUAAUCGCUUGCAAGGCAUACCGGAAUAUGGCUUCGCUGGUUUAGAGGAAUCGAUGCAAGAAAUUGAUUUAUCUGAAAAUAGUUUGCGUACAUUUCCUCUGUUGUCGCUGCGUAAACUCGAUUAUCUGCGUAUUCUAAGAUUAUCGAACAAUAAGAUUUCAACAUUUUACGGUGAUAUAACACUGGCUACGAAUAAUGCUACAGCUGUGGCCGCCCUACGUUUACCAUCGUUGACUUUUCUGGAUUUGAGUUCAAAUCAAUUCACGGAAAUUAUCGAUGAUUGCUUUCGUGCUUUCCCUCAAUUAAAAACGUUAUCUUUCUACGCUAAUCAUAUUGAAGUCGUUCAAGCUGAAGCAUUUAAAUCUUUGCGCGAAUUAAUGUCGCUGGAUAUGUCACAUAAUCGUAUCAUAACACUGAGUGCGAAAAUAUUCGAGAAAAAUAAACGAUUGCAAACCGUGGACCUAAGUCAUAAUCAUAUACAUUCAAUAAGCGGCGUUUUCUCGAAUUUGCCACAUCUAAGAGAAAUAUUCCUAUCGGAAAAUAAUAUUUUAGAAUUACCGGCUGAUGCUUUCACCAACUCGAGCAAUGUUGAAGUAAUUUAUUUAGAGUCAAACGCUAUAGCUCAUGUCGAUCCUAACGUAUUCACAACCUUGGGAAAUCUGGACCAUUUAUAUUUAAGAGCAAAUUUUAUACCAUUAUUGCCUGUAACCCUUUUGGAUAAAUGCCAAAAGCUUAGCUCCCUCUCAUUGGAUAAUAACGAGAUUCAAGAUUUGGAAAUAGGUAUGUUUCGUAAGCUGGAAUUUUUACGAGAAGUAAGGCUGCACAACAAUCGUAUACGUCGCAUACGUAAAGGCGUUUUCGAACCAUUGCCAGCCCUGCAAGAAUUACACGUACAAAAGAAUAAUAUCGAGGACAUCGAGCCAGGCGCGUUUGAAAGUUUAAUCAAUUUACAGCAUAUAAAUUUACAGGACAAUCAAUUGACAGUACUCGAGGAUAUAUUUCCAAGCGAUCCAAAAAACUCUUCAUUACUAACCAUACAACUGGAGACCAAUUAUCUAAAUAAGAUACACACGAAAACAUUUCAAAAUCAAAAUAAAAUACAAAUUAUGUGGCUGAGCGACAAUCAGCUGAUGCGCAUAGAAAAGUCCAUGUUUGCAAAUCAACCCGAUCUCGGCCGUUUAUAUUUAAAUAAAAAUUUAAUUCGUGACAUAGAUCGCGAAACUUUCGGAUCUUUAAAGAAUUUAAAAUUUCUCGAUUUAAGUUCUAAUCGCUUGAAGCAAAUGCGUAGAGAUUUUUUCUCCAGCUUGGAAAGCUUAGAGGAAUUAAUUUUAAAACGAAACUUUAUAGAAGCUAUUGAAGGAUUUGCUUUUAAUAAACUAAAGAAUUUAAAAGUUUUGGAUUUAUCCGAUAAUCCCAUAAGCCAAAUAACGAAUGAUGUGUUCCUUCAAGAGCUUUCCCUUAUUCAAUUAAAUUUACGUAACACUUCCUUAAAACGUAUCGAAGUGGAUACCUUUAAGUCUUUGCCUAAUAUCAAUGAGCUCGAUUUAAGUGAGAAUUUUCUAAGUCCCAGUGAUAUACAAAAGCUUGACGUGGCCAGCUUAAGGAUAUUGCAUUUAUCAAGCAAUAAUUUUUCAGGCAUUAUAACUCCCAAUAUGUUCCAUAAAUUACGUUCUCUGCAACAGCUGACAAUGGCUAAUUGCAGUUUAACUGCCUUACCAGAGGAAUUAUUUUCAAAAAAUACUAACCUUGUAAAACUGGAUUUAUGCGAUAAUUUGUUAAGCUUAAUGAAUCGAAAUCUAUUUCAUGGGCUAAAUGUAUUUAAAGAAUUGAGAGUUUGUCGGAACAAUCUGAUGGAAUUUCCCCAUAUUGCGUUAUACAAUUUGAGCACCUUGGAAAUUUUGGAUUUAUCACGUAAUCAAUUCACGACAGUGGACUUUUAUAAACUAAGUGGCACGCUUAACUUGAGGCAAUUAAAUUUAAAAGAUAACAAAAUCACCUCACUAAGUGGCUUCAACGCAGUCAAUUUAACUCAAUUGGAUAAUGUGGAUUUCAGCGGCAAUAUGUUGCUUUCAUUGCCCGCAAAUUUUCUACGUCAUUCGAUUAACUUACAAAAGGUGGACUUAUCCAGUAAUCGAUUCCUUCAAAUACCUAGCUCCGCGCUGUCGGAUGUGUCAAUACCUCGUCUCUCUUGGUUAAACUUAACCGGAAAUCCAAUUAACAAAAUCUAUACAGUUAAAGAAGAACGUUAUCCGUAUCUGAAGGAAUUGUAUAUAUGCCAAACAAAUCUUUCGAUACUAACUUCGAAGGAUUUUGAAGCGUUUCAAGCUUUACAGCAUUUACAUCUCGUUAAUAAUCGUAUAACGCGCAUUUCACCAGGCGCGUUCAAAAGUUUAGUUAAUCUUCUAACUUUAGAUAUGAGUGUUAAUGAAUUGGAGAUUUUACCUAAAGAACGCUUACAAGGCCUGAAACUUUUGCGUCUAUUAAAUAUAUCUCACAAUACUUUAAAGGAUUUGGAAGAAUUUAGUUCGGACUUGAGUCAAUUGCAAAUUUGUGAUUUGUCUUUCAAUCAAUUGGAUCGAAUUUCUCGGAAAACAUUUCGUAAUUUACAUGGUUUGGUCGAAUUAUACUUGAUGGGUAAUCGUAUGACUGUAUUAUCAACGGAUGCGUUUCGUUACUUACGAAAACUACAUAUGUUGGAUCUGAGGAAAAAUUACUUUGAGUUAAUACCGAUAGAAGCCUUGCAACCUUUAGAAACCAAUAUUAAAACUUUGAGAUUGGAAGAAAAUCCACUGCAUUGCAGUUGUGAUGCUCAAAAGCUAUGGGAAUGGUUACGUGAUCAUCGCAAAUGGUCAUCAUCACUGGCAAUGGGUUUAACGUCGACCGCCAUGUCAACAACAAUGUCAUCAAUGUCGUCAUCAUCAUCGUCAGCGCUAAUAACGACGGCAAACGAUAACAUUAAUUAUCUAAGGUGCGAACAUCCGGCGGAAUUGCGUGGCAAGAUAUUUGCCAAAAUGGAACCACAGCAAUUUUGUGAUGCACCAUUAAUACCGAAAAUUGCCAUACAGGAUAUACAACCAUAUUCAGUGAUUGUAUCAUGGCAAAGCCGUGAGCAUUUAGGAUUAAACGGCUAUGAAAUUAUUUACCAUGCCAUAGGAGAUAAUGCUGCUACCGGUGCGGCGAUGGCUGGUGGUGGUAUAGGUGGUAGUGUCAGUAAUAGUGGAAGUGCGAUAGGAGGAGGAGGGGGAGGAACAGGAGGAGGAGGAGGAGGAGGAGGAGGAGCAACAGCAACAGCAGCAGGAACAUCAAUAGCUAUAGUAAAUAAUGGCGGACCGUCAGGUGAUAUGGAUGAG